AUGGCUCUUGAAAAGAGGCGCCGCAAGAUAAACAAGCAGCGAUGUGUCAGUGGAGGCAAGAGAACAAGUAACGAUUAUUUUUGUUUGAUCGAUGAUCAAGUAUCAGUUCCAGUUCGUGGUCUUGAUAUCGAAGAAUUUGGAUUUUAUUAGUUGAUUGCAGAACAGGAUCUUCCCGCUUCUAUUGUUUUUAGUUGGACAAACGUCAAUUAAAUUAUCAUUACUUUAUAGAGACUUUCUUUACAGAUACAAAUAUUGAAACAUUCAUUAGAAGUCGCAUUAGCAUUAGAAGUCGACCGUUUCUGCAACAGACUGUGAGAGUGAUUUAUUUCGAUAAAUUUACAUGCAUAAUGUUGUACUGAUAUUUACAUGACACAAAAAUGUUUUUUUUUAAUUGCCUAGUAGGGAAAAUAAUAUGUGCUUGAGAAUUUCUUCAUUUCUGCCAAGUCUCAGGUAGCUCAAACUGUUAAAACAGUCGCCCGGAUUUAAAUUCUUUAAAAUUUCAGACAAAUUCUUUCAAUACUUUCAAUAGCAAAUCUACUAUCACAAUCGUUAUCUCUGAGGUCCCGGGUUUGAUUCCAGGUCUGGUCAAUGUAGAAAAAAGGACUUUUUCAUAUUGUCUCGGGUUUGUGUGUUCUGGUUCCUUCGUUGUCUCAGAUACUCCACAAUACUGGGGCUUUAGUUACUCAUUUUGGAAUCUGAGCAAUGUAUGUGGGGUUGUUUAAUAUUUUGUCGCGAUAUAACUGCAUAACCUAUUUGAUUAUUAUUUAGCGAAUUUUCAGUACCAAGGCAAAUAUCAUGGCUCCCCGAAAAAAACUAACUCGUGAGGAACGUUUAGAAAAGAAGCGUGUGGCUGAAAGAUUGCGGUACCAACGCAUAAAAAAUGAUCCCGAAAAGUAUGCGCAGCAGAAAGAAAAGGAAAAAAAGAAAUAUGAAAGAAAAAAAGAAAAAGGAACUAUUAAGACUGUAAAUCAAAUGACACCCAGAGAAAAACGAAAAGCUAGAAAAUUAUGGAAAGAAAAAGCAAAACAACGGAGACGACGUUUAGCACUUCAAGAUAUUAGUAAUGCCCCUGUAACCCCACCUAGUUCAGACAAUGAAGUCCCUAUCAAUGAAAAUAAUAACCAACGAAUGCAAGCUGGACGGCAGAGGUUUGAUGCCCGGUCUGACUCGUUCCUAGGAGCUAUGGCUGGGUCCGACCGGGCCUGA